UUCAGUCAUUUCGACAGUUCAUUCUUUUCACACUCACUACCCUUCAUCGAUUGAAGCGGAUACCAUUCUCUUACACCUUCGUUGAUCUCGAAGCUUACUCAUUCUUUCCAACCCAACCAACUCUUCAGUUACCAAAUCAUCAACAAUGCCUUCCAAGAUCCAGGUCGCUGCCAUCCUCGGCGCUGUUGCCGCCUCCGUCAACGCCCACGGUCACCUUUCGGACCUCAAGGUCGAUGGCACUGAGUUCGAGGCCUACGACCCCUCGUUCCAGUUCCAGAACCCCGCCCCUGAGGUCAUCCAGUGGGGCUGCGCCGACUGCCUCGACAACGGUUUCGUCGACCCCACCAUGUACACUGAGGUCAACAAGAUUGCCUGCCACAAGGACGCCACCCCUGGUGCUAAGGUCGCUAAGGUCGCUGCUGGAGGAACCGUCGACCUUACCUGGAACACCUGGCCCGAGUCCCACGUUGGCCCCGUCAUUGACUACAUGGCCAAGGUCGAGGAUGCCACUUCCGCUAAGGCCGCUGACUUGAAGUUCUUCAAGAUCGACGAGGCCGGCUACGAGGGCGGCGAGUGGGCUGCCACCAAGCUCAUCAACAACAACCUCACCUGGGCCGUCACCGUCCCGAGCUCCAUUGCUCCCGGCCAGUAUGUUCUCCGCCACGAGAUCAUCGCCCUCCACUCUGCUGGCGAUGCCAACGGCGCCCAGAACUACCCCAUGUGCAUUAACUUGGAGGUUACUGGCUCCGGCACUGAGUCUCCCGCCGGUGUGACCGCUGACAAGCUCUACACCCCCACCGACCCUGGUAUCAAGGUCAACAUCUACAGCGGCGAUCUGUCCAGCUACAAGAUCCCCGGCCCCGCUCUGUUCAGCGGUGCCAGCUCCGGCUCCGACUCCGGCUCCAGCAACUCUUCUGCUGCUGCCCCUGCCACCUCGGCUGCCCCUGCCACCUCGGCCACACCCGCCACAUCGGCCGCGCCCGCCGCCACCUCCGUCGCUGCCCAGGAUAACGCCACCCCUACUGCCUCCGCUGCUCCUUCAUCUGGCAGCGCUGGUGCCCUCCCCGAGACCUUCACCCUCGAGACUUUCGUCUCCUGGUUGGAGAAGGCUGCUGGCUCUUCCAGCGCUAAGGCUCGCCGCCACUCCCGCGCUUUCCGCGGUUAAAUCUGCGAUAUGCCGAGAAUGUUGAUGGAUGAUUAGGAAAAAGUUGGUGUUGUUCAGUUCUUGUAUAGCCUUUACCAUAGUCGAAAUGGCUCACGCUCCC